GUAUAUUUUUAGCAAAUUAAAAAUUCAUUAGGACCAUCAGCAGACGGCUGUUGUGAAAUAUUAGCUUUUAGACUUUGUACCUGUUUCUCCUUACAGGGGAUAUGAAAGGUGAGGUUUAUCCAUUUGGCAUAGUUGGGAUGGCCAACAAAGGGGAUUGCCUACAGAAAGGGGAGAGCGUCAAGUUCCAGUUGUGUGUCCUGGGCCAAAAUGCACAGACUAUGGCCUACAACAUCACACCCCUGCGUAGGGCCACAGUGGAGUGUGUGAAAGAUCAGUUUGGCUUCAUUAACUAUGAAGUAGUAGAUCGCAAGAAGCUCUUUUUCCAUGUGAAAGAAGUUCAGGAUGGCAUUGAGCUACAGGCAGGAGAUGAGGUGGAAUUCUCAGUGAUUUUUAAUCAGCGCACUGGCAAGUGCAGUGCUUGUAAUGUUUGGCGAGUCUGCGAGGGCCCUAAGGCUGUUGCAGCUCCACGACCUGAUAGGUUGGUCAAUCGCUUGAAGAACAUCACCCUGGAUGAAGCCAGUGCUCCUUUGCCUAAUGGUUCUUCGUCAGCCAAGGGGACUAGAUGA